AUGGCCCCGUCCGAUUCGCCUGUACCAAAGCUAUCGUUGCCGAGUGCGGCGCCAUCGUCCCAUGUCGACGACGGUCUUGGCAAACCACCCUUGGAUCGUGCGGGCCAUCCACACCACCAUCACCACGAUGCCACGGGCAUCGCACGACCGAAGGGGUACUGGGACAAAUGGCAAACCCGCGCUGGCACGGUGUCGCUGCUCUUUUCCAUGCUCAUGCAGCUGUCGUACGUGGCAUUUCCUGCGUACAACUUUUCGCUGGCGAUUUGGGCGACCGUCCACCCGUUCUCGCACCGCGUCAACCCCCAGUCCACCAUCCUGUUUGUGUUUGCCAUGCUGGUGUCUUGCGGGACGGACGUUGUGUGGAGCAGCCUGUGGACGUCCGGCGCUGUCUUUUACGACAUGCUGUGCUCGCCAGGUCAAAUUGGGAUCUUGCACUGCGACGGGUUGCAGAGCUAUCCUGGGUGCGCCACGAAUCGUUUUGUUAUGGUCGUGUUUGUCGCCAACAUUGCGCUCAAGCUGUGGAUGGCGAUUUCGAUAUGGAGGGCAGUGGCGGUGGCCAAGCCAGACGCUGUGGCUGCAAUGGAACCUGUGCAUGCUCCGCCGCCGCCUGGAACAGUCGUCGCGGACGCCGCCGCCGCUGUUCCAGUCGAAUAG